AUGAAUCAAAUGAAUCAACCACCAAAUAAAUGCCAGACUUAUUUAAACUUGGGUAGUCCACUUAGUGCAAUCAGUUCAUCACCUGAUAGUACAAAAUUAAUUGUAGCCGGUAGAGAUAUUGUGAAAAUUGUCUCUGUACAAAAUAAUGAAUUUAAAGUAACAAGUAAUCUAAGAGCAGGUAAAACUCAAUCAUUAAAUUAUACUGGUAAUGAUUGUUGUUGGCAUCCAUCAUUAUUAGAAAAUUAUAGAUUUUUAAUAGCAACAGCAGCAACAAAUGGAGCAGUAGUAAUUUGGAAUACAGUUAGAGAAGGAUCUAAAUCAGUUGAAAGAGUUUUUACAGAUCAUAGUAGAGCAGUGAAUAAAUUAGCAUGGCAUCCAGAGAAAUUGGAUUGUAUAUUAACUGGUUCACAAGAUAAUACCCUUAGAAUGUGGGAUAUUAGGGAUAGUGCAAAUGCAAGUAAGAUUACAUUUUCACCAAAAUCUGAAUCGAUAAGAGACGUUCAAUUUAAUCCAUCACAAGCCAAUCAAUUUGCUGCAGCAUUUGAUAAUGGUACCAUUCAAUUAUGGGAUAUCAGAAAACCAACGAUUGCAGUGGAGAAAAUCACCUCUCAUCAAGGUUUGGUAUUAACCAUCGAUUGGCAUCCAGAAGAGAAGAAUAUCAUUGCAAGUGGUGGUAGAGAUCGUGCCAUUAGAGUUUGGGAUUUCUCAAAUGGUAAAUCUCUAAACAAUGUUUCCACCAUCUCAAGUGUUUCACGUAUCAAAUGGCGUCCUGGUAACAAAUGGCAUAUUGCAAGUUGUUCUUCAAUCGUAGACUUUCAAAUUCAUAUUUGGGACGUUAAAAAACCUUAUAUCCCUCUAUUCUCUUUCACUGAUCAUCGUGAUGUUCCAACUGGUCUAAUUUGGAAAUCACCUUCCUCUCUAAUCUCUUGUAGUAAAGAUAGCCAUUUACUCCUUAAUGAGUUUCAAGAUUCUUAUAAACCUUAUCAACAUAUUCGUACAACUGGUAUUACUUGGAAUGUAAAUAAUGAAUUAGCUUCAAUUAAUGAUAAAAUUAAUAGAACACAAAGUAAUGAAUCAUUACCAUCUUUAUCAACACAAUUUCCAUCAUUUUUUGCAUCAUUUAAUGUACCAACACCACCACCAUUACCACCUUUAGUAAAAGUUGAACAAGGUAUAAUGAAUAUUUAUACACCAAAAUAUCAAAACUCUGAAAUUGUAUAUGACGAAAAAUAUUUAUUUGAACAUUUUGCAAAAAACUAUAGAUUUAGAGGUGAAUCUUUUAAUCAAUUAUGUGAUCAUAAUCAAUUUGUAUCACAAUCUGUAAAUCAACAUCAUAUAAGUACAAUGUGGUCACUUUUAAAACUUCAUUAUAGUAACUUGGAUGAAAUUCAACAACAUAAAGAAUUAAUCGAACAACAACAAAAAGAAGAAUUGGAAAAAUUAAAUAAUAAAAAAAUUGAAAAACAGCAACCUCAAAAAUUAAAGAAACAACAACAACAACAACAACAACAACAACAACAACAACAACAACAAUCACAACAACAACUACAACAACCACAACUACAACAACCACAACAACAACAACAACUACAACAACCACAACAACAAUUGCGACAACAAAAUGAUAAAAAUAUAAAAGAACAACAAAUUCAAUAUAUUGAAAAUUUAGAGAAUAAACAAUUAGAUUCAAAAAAUAUCAUAGAUAAUAGUAAUGAUAGUAAUCAAGAAAUUAAUAUAAAUAAAGAGGACAAAGAAGAUGAAGAAGAGGAUGAUGAUAAUACAAGUAAUAACCUUGAUGAUAAUCAAAUGGGUGAUAUAUUUGACCCAUCAAAUGAUAUGAUGACUGCAAAAGAACCACCCUCCUCUUCAUUAAUGGAAUUUAAUGCAAAUGAUACUGGCAAUGAUCAAUUUUGUAAUAUACUCUCAGCGGAAGCUGUUACACCUUUAGUAUCAUUACCAACAUCAAUUUCUUUAGAAAGACAAAAAUCAACCGAUAAUAUUUCAGAUAAUAAUUCUAAUGUACAUGUAAAUAUCAAAAGGCAAAAUCAACCAACCAAUAAUAAUAAUAAUAAUAGCAAUAUAGAUAAUUUAGAAAAGAAAAGUAAUAAAUCAAAAUCAACAAAAGAAAAUAAAGAAUCAUCAUUAACUGAUCAAAAUAAACAAAAAAGAAAUGAUAAUAAAGAAAAAAUAGAUAAUAAUGAAAUAGAUAAUGACAAUAAAGAUAAUAAUGAUGAUGACGACAAUGAUGUUGACAAUAUUGGUGAAGAUAACGAUGAAAUCAAUAAUAAUAAUGAUAACAAUAAUAAUAAUAAUAAUAAUAAUAAUAAUAAUAAUAAUAAUAAUAAUAAUAAUAAUAAUAAUAAUAAUAAUAAUAAUAAUAAUAAUAAUAAUAAAAAUAAUAAUAAUGAUAAUAAUAAUAAUAAUAAUAUAAAUAAUAAAAAGAAUAAAAUCAAAAAUAAAUCAAUAGAAAAUAAAAAAGAUAUUUUAGAUAAAAAAGAAAUCAAUGAUGAAGAUAAUAAAUCAAAUGAUGAAAAUGAUUCAUUAAAGAUUUUAAUACCAUGUUUUGAAUUUGAAGAAUUUAACUUUCAGCCAAUUAUAACAGAUAUGUUGGAAGCAUGUAUAGAGAAAGGUGAUGUUCAAACAUGUGUAUUCAUUGUAUUAAUUUUGGGAAGAUAUAUGGAUUUAAAUAUUGAAAAACAUAGAUUGACAACGUGGUUUGGUUCUUACAUUGAAUUACUUCAACGUUAUAAAAUGUGGAGCUUGGCUUUGGAAGUAAUGAAAUAUUGUGAUGAUCAAAUCAUUAAUCAAGCUUCGAAAAGACAUACCACUCUCAUUAGUGCUUGUUCAUCCUGUGGCAAAUCAAUUCCUCAAAAUAGUAUCAUCUGUGAGAAAUGUAAUAAAGCAUCAAGUAAAUGUUCCAUUUGUCGUUUACCUGUAAAAGGUAUGUGGGUUUGGUGUCAAGGUUGUGGUCAUGGUGGUCAUUUAGAACAUAUGAAAAGUUGGUUUAUUGAUAAAAAUCAAAAAUCUUGUCCAACUGGUUGUACUCAUAUUUGUACUCCUUUUAAAAAAUAA